CUAAUCAAAAAAGAAAAAAAAUACGGAGAAAAAGAACGGAUGAAAAUUAUCUGCAACGAGAAUAAAAACUUUAUUUUUGUAGCUAAAUAACUUUUCGGCACCGUAAAAGUGCACAGAGUGCAAACUAAAACAAUUCUACAUUAGUGAUAAUCUCCUUUUGCUGUCGGUAUACUUUGAUUGCGAAGUUUCCGUAGAGCAGUUGGUGCAAUCAAUCCCGAUUGCGUUUGGGUUAUUUAAGGCCAUCUCGACUGUAUGUUAUUACUUUAAUAUGUAAUGGCGUUAACAAGUAGUGAUUGAAACUCUGUCCGUCUGAUGUUAAUGCUGUUUUGCUCCAAAAUGAUUUUUUUGUAAGUGGUUGCAGUUGCGAAAAACUGACGAAAGUAAUCGGUAGUGUAAAAUUGAGGAUUGGCUGACUCAUCACCAUUCAAGAAUCGUCGGUGUGAAACUAUGCCAACACCUAGUAAUAGUAUCAGUAAAAUCAGCAGUGGCAGCAGUUGCAAUACUAAAACGAAAGAAAUGUUCAUCGUCCGUGCUUUGGAAAAGAUCCUAAGUGAUAAGGAUAUUAAACGGUCGCACCACUCGCAGUUGAAGCGAGCUUGCGACUCAGCGCUCGAGGACAUCAAGGAAGAGCUGAAGGAAGCCGGUCAAAGUGAACACAAUGGCGAAGUUCCCGUUCCAUCGGCUGCGCUGCCGCUGCCGAAGAAUGACUCUUCCAACAUUAUCAACGCCGAGAAGUAUUUUCUGCCAUUCGAGCUGGCCUGCCAGAGCAAAACGCCACGCAUCGUGGUAACGGCCCUAGAUUGUCUGCAGAAGCUGAUUGCUUAUGGUCACUUAACGGGGAACAUUCCGGAUUCGUCGAAUCCGGGUAAAUUUCUGAUCGACCGUAUUGUGACGACGAUUUGCAACUGUUUCAUGGGACCUCAAACCGAUGAAGGCGUACAAUUGCAGAUCAUAAAGGCUUUACUCACUGUGGUAACCUCACAGUACGUCGAGGUCCACGAGGGUACCGUACUGCAGGGGGUAAGAACCUGCUACGAUAUCUACCUUUCUAGCAAGAACUUGAUCAACCAAACUACUGCGAGAGCGACUCUGACGCAAAUGUUGAACGUGAUUUUCACUCGAAUGGAGAAUCAAGCUUACGAGUAUUUGGCCAAUGGUAGCAUGGUCGUGUCGACCAUGGCCGCUGUUUCGCCAGCUGCUCCAACGGGACCGGAAGAGAUGCCUGUGGUGGAAGAAAAACAUCCAGAUUACGACAUGGUACGGGUAAUUGUGGAAGAGAUCGUAGACAAUGUGAUAGCCAUUGCGGCUGAGGAAACUGGUAAACAGGUUCCAGUGCACGCGGAAGGUGAUGUAGUAGAGACAGGAAGCAUCGGAGGAAUUUCCAACGGUGGUAUGGAUAGUACCUCCAUGGCAAGAGUUCCAUCGCAAGAAAGCAUGGAAGUAACCAGUGAAAAUGAUAGUAUCGUAACCGCUAAGUUCACACACAUUUUACAAAAAGAUGCUUUUCUAGUGUUCCGAGCACUGUGCAAACUUUCCAUGAAACCUCUGCCGGAAGGACACCCGGAUCCGAAAUCGCAUGAACUGCGGUCGAAAAUCCUAUCGUUGCAUUUGCUGCUCUCGAUUCUCCAGAAUGCCGGACCAGUGUUUCGAUCGAACGAGAUGUUCAUAAUGGCUAUCAAGCAGUACUUGUGCGUUGCACUGUCUAAAAAUGGAGGUAGCUCGGUUCCGGAAGUAUUUGAACUAUCUCUGUCGAUCUUUGUUGCGUUGCUGUCCAACUUCAAAACACACCUGAAAAAGCAGAUUGAGGUGUUUUUCAAGGAGAUUUUUCUCAACAUUUUGGAAGCGUCCAGUUCAUCCUUUGAACAUAAAUGGAUGGUCAUCCAGGCGCUGACACGGAUUUGUGCUGAUGCUCAAAGUGUUGUGGAUAUUUAUGUAAAUUACGACUGCGAUUUUUCCGCUGCCAAUCUGUUCGAACGGCUCGUAAAUGACCUAUCCAAAAUAGCCCAAGGUCGCCAAGCACUCGAAUUGGGAACUUCAGUGAAUCAGGAAAAAUCAAUGCGUAUUCGAGGGUUGGAGUGUUUAGUCUCGAUUCUCAAAUGUAUGGUAGAAUGGAGUAAAGAUUUGUAUGUUAAUCCGAAUUCGCAGACAUCUCUGGGAGAUCCACAACCGCAUGCAUCGUCAUCGGCAGUGACUAUAAAAAGUUCGGAUGAUGGUCCAGAUCCGUUCAAAUCUCACGGAGGUUCAAGCCUGAGCAUUAACUCAGUUGAAAGUACUAAUACAUCCGGUGGAAAUCGCGAAGUGUUGGAUCUUCCGGAGGAGUUGGAAGAGAGAAAGCAGCGGAAAGAAGUUAUGGAAACUGGAAUUGAAAUGUUCCACAGAAAACCCAAGAAAGGGAUACAGUUCUUGCAAGAGCGAGGUUUGUUAGGUGUAACGGUAGAAGACGUCGCCAAAUGGUUGCACGAGGAGGAACGAUUGGAUAAAACCCAGGUUGGCGACUAUUUAGGUGAGAACGAUGAACAAAGCAAAGCUGUGAUGUGCGCCUAUAUCGAUGCAAUGAACUUUGCUGAUUUGGAUAUCGUGGCAGCAUUGCGCUACUUUUUGGAAGGAUUUCGUCUCCCGGGAGAAGCGCAAAAGAUUGACCGAUUGAUGGAGAAAUUCGCUAGUAGAUAUUGCGAUUGCAACCCAAACAACACCUUGUUUGCGUCAGCGGAUACCGUGUACGUACUGGCCUUUUCGGUGAUCAUGCUAACAACGGAUCUGCACUCGCCACAAGUGAAGCAUAAGAUGACCAAGGAACAAUACAUAAAGUUGAAUCGUGGUAUAAGCGAUAACAAAGAUCUUCCGGAAGAGUAUCUUUCUCAGAUCUAUGACGAAAUUUCUGGCCACGAAAUAAAAAUGAAAAACACGGUGGCCAGCAAGCCUGGUAAACAGAUUAUCGUGAAUGAGAAAAAACGAAAACUGUUGUGGAACGUCGAAAUGGAAGCACUAUCAACGACAGCAAAAAACCUCAUGGAAUCUGUGUCACAUGUUAAGGCUCCGUUUACAUCGGCCAAACAUCUGGAACACGUUAGGCCUAUGUUUAAAAUGGCGUGGACAUCGUUUUUGGCAGCAUUCUCUGUUGGUUUGCAGGACUGUGACGACCCUGAAAUAGCCAGUCUCUGUCUGGACGGUAUUCGCUGUGCUGUGCGGAUUGCGUGCAUCUUUCAUAUGACCCUGGAACGUGACGCUUACGUUCAGGCACUUGCACGCUUCACUUUACUCACCGCAAAUUCUCCCAUCAAUGAGAUGAAAGCUAAAAAUAUCGAUACAAUAAAGACGCUAAUCAUGGUAGCCCAUACCGAUGGAAAUUACUUGGGUUCGAGCUGGUUGGACAUCGUAAAAUGCAUAUCUCACCUAGAACUGGCCCAGCUCAUCGGGACCGGUGUGCGACCGGAGUUUCUUUCCGGGCCGGCAUCGCAUCGUGAUACAUUGGAUCCAUCGGCAAAGGAACACAUCGGCGAGACAAGCUCACAGAGCAUUGUGGUUGCUGUCGAUCGAAUUUUCACCGGAUCCAUUCGAUUGGAUGGGGAUGCGAUAGUAGAUUUUGUCAAGGCUUUGUGCCAAGUUUCCCUAGAUGAACUCACACGGCCUCAACCGCGAAUGUUCUCGCUGCAGAAGAUUGUGGAAAUUUCCUACUACAAUAUGGGCCGUAUUCGUCUGCAGUGGUCCCGAAUCUGGCAAAUUUUAGGCGAACACUUCAAUGCCGUCGGUUGCAACACCAACGAGGAGAUAGCAUUCUUUGCGCUGGAUUCACUACGUCAACUUUCGAUGAAGUUUAUCGAGAAGGGAGAGUUUACCAACUUUCGCUUCCAGAAAGAUUUCCUACGGCCGUUCGAACAUAUUAUGAAGAAAAAUUGUUCGCCUGCGAUUCGGGAUAUGGUGGUACGCUGUGUAGCGCAGAUGGUCAACUCGCAAGCUCAUAACAUCAAAUCUGGUUGGAAGAAUAUUUUCUCGGUAUUCCAUCUAGCUGCGGGAGACCAUGAAGAAGCGAUCGUAGAACUUGCUUUCUUAACGACGGGAAAAAUCAUUACGGAUUUGUACCAAUCACAGUUCCCAAUUAUGAUAGAUUCGUUCCAAGAUGCUGUUAAAUGUUUAUCGGAGUUUGCCUGUAAUGCAAAAUUCCCUGACACCAGCAUGGAAGCUAUAAGGCUUGUGAGAACUUGUGCUCUGUGUGUGAACGAUGCACCUAAUUUAUUUGCUGAGCAUGCUGGUAUGGAAAAUGACGUAUCCGUCUCGGAAGAAGACCGUGUCUGGGUUCGAGGAUGGUUUCCGAUGCUUUUCUCAUUGUCCUGCGUCGUUAAUCGCUGCAAACUAGAUGUCCGAACGCGAGGUCUUACCGUACUUUUUGAGAUUGUCAAAACUCACGGUGACGCCUUUAAGCCAAACUGGUGGCGGGAUCUGUUCAAUAUCCUGUUCAGGAUUUUCGAUAACAUGAAAUUACCCGAGCAUCAUACAGAGAAGGCCGAGUGGAUGACAACCACCUGCAAUCAUGCCUUGUACGCCAUCAUCGACGUAUUCACUCAAUACUUCGAUAUCCUCGGGCCAAUGUUGCUAGCCGACUUGUAUUGCCAAUUGCAUUGGUGCGUCCAACAAAAUAACGAGCAGCUGGCUCGCUCGGGAACUAACUGUCUGGAGAACCUGGUCAUCUCAAACGGGUUAAAAUUCAAUGAAGAAACCUGGGAUAAAACGUGUCAGUGUAUGCUUGAUAUUUUCAACAGUACACUUCCCAACGAGUUGCUCUAUUGGAAGCCUGACCCAACCCCUCAAGGUUAUCAGAACUCGGCAUCCUAUGGUGGUCAACAUAAUGGAGAAAUACCGCGUCACGGUAUUCUAAAACGUUCCCCUUCGCAACAUUCUGUUUACAGUCAAUCUGACCCGCAGGAUCAUCCUUCGAAAGCAUCAGACUUUAAUCAAACCUCCGUCUUGUUCUCUAAUCUGUUGAUCAAGUGUGUCGUGCAGUUAGAGUUAAUACAGACGAUCGACAACAUAAUUUUUUUUCCGGCUACCUCCCGAAAGGAGGACGCAGAAACGCUUGCUCAGGCAGCUGCAGAAUUAUCCUACAGUUCUUGUAACACUAUCGGAAGCAGUUCAACCCUGAACCAAUCGCUGUCAACGGAAGAAUGCCAACGGGAGGAGCAAGGCAUGUACAGCUACCUGAACACGCCCCAUUUGCUGCAGUUGAUCGAUUGCCUGCUGCAAAGCCACCGGUUUGCGAAAAAGUUCAACUCCAACCACGAACAGCGCAAUGUACUCUGGAAAGCUGGCUUCAAGGGUUCACUGAAGCCGAACUUGCUGAAGCAGGAAACCCAGUCGCUAGCUUGCGUGCUGCGAAUACUGUUCAAAAUGUACAGUGACGAAAGCCGAAGACGUGACUGGCAGGAUAUUGAGAAACGAUUGAUCGCUGUGUGUACGGAAGCGUUCGACUACUUCCUAUCACUGCAAAGUGAACCACAUCGGGACGCGUGGACCUCACUGCUACUCCUAGUUCUGACUCGAUUACUGAAGAUGCCGGAUUCGAGGUUUGCUGCACACAUCUCCAGCUACUACGUGCUUAUGUGCGAUUUGAUGUGCUUUGAUCUAAAACCGGAACUGCGAACGGUAUUGCGACGAGUUUUUCUCCGUAUCAGCCCAGUCUUUGGUAUCUCUAAGCCUGGCAACAACAGCAGCGCAGGCGCAAUCGGUACCUAGUAUCAGCAAAAGAGUGGUGCGUCUUCGCGGACUUCUCCACCGGCAUCACAUCACCAGCGAUAUCGGGGGCGAGGACUGCGAACCUAUCCGGCAGUUCAUCAGCAUCAAUUGCCAGCCUUCCGUGGUAGUUCUGAUGUUUGUAACAGUUGUCAGUGUCAGUAUAGCAUCGGUCUGGCCGCAUCCGUAAAAAGGGUUGAAAGGAAACAAAUUUAUUCCGAUGCUGAUUUGGCUUAUCAUCAACAGCAGUAGCGGCGGCGAAAGUUAUGAAAAAAAAAACACGGUUGUAGUAAUUUCGUACUGAAACUUUCAUUAUUCUAUAAUUGUUGCGCAUAUGUUCGUUAUAUUUUAGAAAGCUUUUAUCUUGUACUAAAUUAUUAUAAAUGGCAAGUGUGUAGGGCUAAUGUGAGCCAAUUGACAACCCGAUCACAAUUAAUGUAUCAUACGCCGAUUGUUGUAAAAUGUGACAAAUCCAAUUCAAUAAAUCAAUUUGGUUGAUAGAGCAAUGGUUUCCCUCAGAAAAAGUAUAUUAUUUGAAAACAUGCGAUUGAAAACAACCAACUUAUAUUGGUCCUGCUACAAAACUAAAAAUCGUAUCAUUUAGUGCAGUAACACUAAUAUUCCGUAAACAUUAACUAGCGAUUGAUUUCAAACAUAAAUAGGUCGUUGCGUAGAAUUUAGUAGAGUAGUUGCAAAACCUGCUACUGAAAGACCUAAUGAACUGAUCAGAGCUGAUUUAUAGUAGCGGUGAUGAAUAAAAAAAUAGAUGGUAUAGAAAAUAAAGUCGCUCCUUACUUACUACUACUAAAGUAGCAAAAGAACUUGAAAAGUUUCGAACUUUUGAGUAGCUGGUAAAAGAGUUUUCUUAAAUACCCCCUACAUAAACUAGAUAAUACAAACCUACACACACCCGAAACACUAUGCAUAGAAUAUUACAGAAUGCAAUAGACUACUAAUGAUUAUUAUUAUUAAAAUAACAUAUUUAUAGUCAGGAUGUGUUACUGAUAGAGAACAAAGAUAAACCAACAUGGAACGUAAAUAUGAGUUAACUGUACUGCUAGCGAAAGUUUAGCGUCUUAAUUCGUGGUCUGUUUUUUAAGUGCAAAGAAGACAAAAACAGGUCGAACAUUUCAACAUACUAUAUGAAGGUUAUGAGAAUGUGAAAAUUUCAUUUUGCUAUGAAGCACACAAUGGCGAUUAUACUGUAUAUUGUUCAUUUACAUACAUAUUAGAUAUGGAAUAAAGAGCUAGCAAAAAAAAAAAAGUUUUUUUUCCA